AUGAAUAACAUAAAGCAAACGUGGUCAGAAGAAAGUAUUGCAAAGACACGCAAAUCCCUCAAAGAAAGACUAUCUGGCCAUGCAAUAUCACAAACACUUGUAGGUUUAGAGAAAAAGUACAAAGAAUUAUAUGAUUUAUUAAAUAGAACCGUCGAUUUUGGCGAAAGUAAUACUUGCAUGCUUAUUGGCCCGUCUGGUUGUGGGAAGACAAUGCUUGUAAACAAGGUUCUACAAGAAUUGUCUGAAAAGUACGAUGACGAUUUUUGUAUCGUAUACUUGAACGGGUUAUAUCAAACUAAUGACACGACAGCACGUAGACAACUUACUCGUCAGUUAGGUAUACAUAUUAGACAGGAUCAAACGGAUCUUGAAGUAUUUGAUCUGUUUAAAUCAGGAAACCAAGCAACAAGACCUACCAUCAUCGUUAUUUAUAAUUUCGAUGAAUUUGUGAAGAAUUGUACCAAACCAUUCGUGUACAAUUUCUUUAAUAUAACUACUAGUAAUAAUAGUCCUAUGGCAUUGAUUGGAAUUACUCGGAAAUUGAGCAUAUUCACCGAUCUCCCCAGUAACAUUUUGUCCCGAAAUUCUUAUUCUCAUAUAAAUGUUGGACGCCCACAUACGAUUGAAAUAUUCACCCAAUUUGCUAUAAAUACUUUGACCAUAGAUAAUUCUGUUAUUGAUGAUAAGGAAUAUUUUAAGAUGUUUAACAAGAAAGUUCAGGAAUUAUUUGAAAAUAGAAGUUUUAAAAAUAUCAUUGAAAAGAUAUUUAAUAAUUCAACAGAUAUCGUUAGGACUUUCUAUAAAAUAUGUUUUGAACCUGUUGGUAAUUUGAAUGCGAAUCAACCAUUUCUUAUAAUAAGUGAUUUCACUCAAGCGGUCAUGCAACAAGAUGUAAAUAUAGACAAAAUUUUACAAGGAUUACAUGAACCUCAAUUAUGGAUUCUGCUUUCCAUUUUUUCAUUAAGCGGACGUGAUUGUAGCAUAUUUAAUUUUGCUAUGAUUUAUAAUGAAUAUGCAAAUUAUUUAAAAGCUUAUAUGAACGAAUCUGGUAGUAAAUUUAAACAAAAAUUGAUAAAAGAGCAUUUAUUAAGGGCAGAAUUUGAAUUUUUGGAGCAAAGGGAUAUAAUAAGAAAAGUUGAUGGUGGUAAAGAUUUACCCAAAGAUUUCAGAAUGAUGAGACUUACCAUUUUACCUGAGCAAAUCGUUGAUCUAAUCUCAAACAAUAAUCGAUUACCAAGUUUUAUGAAAAAAUGGAUCUCAUAA